ACCUCCAUUAUCCCACGCAGCUUGAGCAAGCACCUUCAACCACAGCACACCCUCACCUCCCUCCAUCCCCAAUCAUGUCGUCCGACCCAAUAAAUGCCUACUUCGAAGGCCGGGCAGCUGCAAACCAUACCGUUGUUCAUGGCGCCCCACGUUUAGACCUUGAGACCUACAUCGCGAACUACCAUGGCCGUACGCAAAUCAGCCGUCUGAUCCAUAUCGCCACGCACUCUGUCCCACUCUCGGUCGAAGCCGUGAAGAUCGCCAUCAAGCUCCUCAAGCAAGGUUCCGACGUCAAGUGCUACAGGCUUGCAGUCUCGUUCCUACAGAAGAUCGCUCCGAACGAUCCCGAUGCGAAGCCGGAUGAAGAAUGGGCGGAUAGGACUACACGUAAGGUUGCGGCCGAGACGGAAAAGAUGGAGGCGGCGUUGAAGAGCUACAAGCAUAACUUGAUCAAAGAAAGCAUCAGGAUGGGCCACGAAGACUUAGGCAAUCACUACUACGCCUCGGGCGAGCUACCUAACGCGUUCAAGUCGUACAGCCGCAUGCGCGACUUCUGUACGGCUCCCAAACACGUCCUCGACAUGUCACUUCAGAUCAUCCGCGUUUGUGUUGAGCAGGGGAACUACAUGUCGGUGCAGUCCCACGUUUCAAAGAUCGGGAACCUUCAGAGGACGCCGGACGAGGAAGAGGAACUCAAACCGAAGCUUGCCGCCGCCAUGGGACUGGCAAACCUCAGUAACAGCCACUACCUGGACGCUGCAAGAUGCUUCCUCGAUUGCCCGUCGACACUAGGUAAUAGCUUCAACGAGGUUAUCUCGGCCAACGAUGUCGCAGUAUACGGUGGUCUGUGCGCUCUAGCGUCUAUGGACCGCAGCACCCUCAAAGCAGAGGUUCUUGACAACAGUAACUUUCGAUCCUUCUUGGAGCUGGAACCGCAAAUCCGUCAUGCCAUCUCAUACUUCUACACGGCAAAAUACAGCAACUGUCUACAGAUUCUAAACGAGUACAGGAAUGACUACCUACUUGAUAUUCACCUUACGCGACACGUGAAGUGGCUCUACGAUAUCAUCCAAUCCAAGAGUAUUGUACAAUACUUUAUCCCGUUUUCGUGCGUCACUUUGGCAAGCAUGGCCGAAGCGUUCGAUACCAAUGAGACUCAACUGGAGAAAGAGCUGGUGAGCAUGAUUGGCCAAGGAAUCCUGGAUGCUCGGAUUGAUACCAAAAACAGACUCCUCGUGGCGAAGGAAACGGACAUGCGGGCGACGGUACACAAAGACACCCUUACGAUGGCACGCAACUACGAACGGGCAGCACGGCUUAAGUUGGUGAGGGUGAACAUGGUGCGCGCGGGGCUGGAAGUCAAAGGAGUGAAAGGACAGAAUCACGCAGGAAUGCCUUUCCAAGAGGGUGGCCGCGCUAUCGGCAGUCGGCCGCCGGGCUUCUUAGAGAGAUUCACAUAGGCUGGUCCGCGGGGUUUUCGGGCGUUUCGUUUUACUUGGAGGUUAAAAGGCUCAUUUCAUGAUUGAUGUUUCUGGUGUCGUGCUGUGUCAUAACUUGCCUUUGCCACAAUUUCUGGGUUGUUUUCAUGAGGCAUCUGCACUGUUUUUAAUGUUGCAUGAAUGGAGAAUUGGCUGGGUGACUAUUGCAAUUAAAUCACUAACCGC